CGGGGGGCUGGCGGCCCGGGCGCUGGUUCGGUCGCCAUGGAGUAGCCGCGCGCGGGGCGGGGGCCGAGCUGCGGCUGGAGAACGCGACGCGGACGGACAGACGGCGGGACACGGACCCCGCAGCUUCCCUUAGGCGUAGUCCUUUUGCAUGUGGAGCACUCAUGCAGAAUGGCUGUAGAAUAAGAUCCUGAAGGACUACAGAUACCAGCAUCUCUUUAUUUCAGGCUGUCCUAUGACCUAUGAGGCAUGGUGUUUUUCCAUACUUAUCAGGCUAACGUGAUAGCAUAUAUUGGGACAAUGGAGUCUAUGCUAAAUAAGUUGAAAAGUACCGUUACAAAGGUAACAGCUGAUGUAACCAGUGCGGUGAUGGGAAAUCCUGUUACCAGGGAAUUUGAUGUUGGCCGACAUAUUGCCAGUGGUGGCAAUGGGCUUGCUUGGAAGAUUUUUAAUGGAACUAAAAAGUCAACAAAACAGGAACUUGCUGUUUUCGUCUUUGAUAAAAAGUUAAUAGACAAAUAUCAGAAAUUUGAAAAGGAUCAGAUUAUUGAGUCUUUAAAGCGAGGAGUUCAACAACUAACAAGGCUUCGACACCCUCGACUAGUUACUGUUCAACAUCCAUUAGAAGAAUCCAGAGAUUGCCUGGCAUUUUGUACAGAGCCAGUCUUUGCAAGUUUAGCUAAUGUUCUUGGCAACUGGGACAAUCUACCCUCUCCUUUACCAUCUGAUAUUAAGGAAUACAAACUUUAUGAUGUGGAAACCAAAUAUGGCUUGCUUCAGGUCUCUGAAGGUUUGUCCUUUCUGCACAGCAGUGUGAAAAUGGUCCAUGGAAACAUUACUCCUGAAAAUAUAAUUUUGAAUAAAAGUGGAGCAUGGAAAAUUAUGGGAUUUGAUUUUUGUAUUCAGUCAACAAAUCCAUCUGAACAAGAGCUGAAGUUCCUAUGUAAAGAAUGGGACCCGAACUUGCCAUCCUUGUGUCUUCCAAAUCCUGAGUAUUUGGCACCAGAAUACAUCCUUUCAGUGAGCUGCGAGACUGCCAGUGACAUGUACUCUUUAGGCGCUGUCACGUAUGCAGUAUUUAAUAACGGGAAACCUAUUUUUGAGAUCAACAAGAAAGAUAUUUAUAAAAGUUUCAGUAGACAGCUGGAUCAGCUGAGUCGCUUAGGCUCCAGUACACUUCAGAAUAUACCAGAGGAAGUACGUGAACAUGUAAAACUACUAUUAAAUGUAGCUCCUGCAGUCAGACCAGAUGCAGAUCAAAUGACAAAGAUACCUUUCUUUGAUGAUGUUGGGGCAAUGACACUCCAAUAUUUUGAUUCUUUAUUCCAAAGGGAUAAUCUUCAGAAAUCACAGUUUUUUAAAGGGCUACCAAAGGUUCUACCAAAACUGCCUAAGCGUGUUAUAGUGCAGCGGAUUUUGCCUUACUUGACCGCAGAGUUUGUGAACCCUGAUAUGGUACCCUUUGUUUUGCCUAAUGUUCUGCUGAUUGCUGAGGAGUGCACCAAAGAAGAGUACAUCAAGCUAAUUCUGCCUGAUCUUGGCCCUGUUUUUAAACAGCAAGAACCAAUCCAGAUUUUGUUGAUUUUCUUGCAAAAAAUGGACUUGCUCCUAACCAAGACUCCACCAGAUGAAAUAAAGAAUAGUGUUCUUCCAAUGGUUUAUAGAGCCUUAGAAGCACCUUCAAUUCAGAUUCAGGAACUUUGCCUUAACAUAAUUCCUACGUUUGCCAACCUAAUAGAGUACUCAUCAAUGAAAAAUGCAUUAAUACCACGAAUUAAAAAUGCAUGUUUGCAAACUUCCUCUCUUGCUGUCCGCGUGAACUCCUUAGUGUGCUUAGGAAAGAUUUUGGAAUAUUUGGAUAAGUGGUUUGUACUUGAUGACAUUCUACCCUUUCUACAACAAAUUCCAUCCAAGGAACCUGCAGUGCUUAUGGGAAUUUUAGGUAUUUACAAAUGUACAUUUACUCAUAAGAAGUUGGGAAUUACCAAAGAACAACUUGCAGGAAAAGUAUUGCCCCAUCUAAUUCCUCUUAGUAUUGAGAACAAUCUUAAUCUCAAUCAGAGCAUUUCUGGUUUUCUAGCCAGAAUGUCAGCACUCAAAAAAUUUAAUUCCUUCAUUUCUAUCAUAAAAGAUAUGCUUAGUAGAUUGGAGGUUGAACAUAAGACCAAACUUGAACGACUUCAUAUUAUGCAAGAACAGCAAAAAUCUUUGGAUAUAACUAAACAAAUGAACGUAUCUGAAGAGACAAAAUCUAAUAGUACAAGUAAUCAGAUUGACAAGGUGUUUAACAGUGCUGGAAAUGACAUUCCAACUAGUGGAUCACAUAGUAAAGAAAAUGGGCUUUCAUCAAAACAGAAAAAGGUAUCACUUACACUUGAAGAGAAACAAAAGUUAGCAAAAGAACAAGAACAGGCACAAAAAUUGAAAAACCAGCAACCACUUAAGCCUCAAUCACAUGCAGUCACAGCUCCAGUCAAACAGACAAAGGAUUUGACAGAUACCUUGAUAGAUAAUAUGUCAUCUUUGACCAGCCAUUCCAUCAGCAAACCUAAAGUUGCUUCUUCAAGUAGCUUCUCUUCUGUCCCAUCUAUGACUGUUGGAAUGGGAUUUUUAUCCCCUGUUGAGAGCACAAAGCGAAACGUAACAAAUGGACUAAAUACUAAUAUGGGAUUUCAGACUUCUGGAUUCAGCCUUGGGGCAGGUACUACAAACCAGAAUUUCUUCAGUAGUCCAACUGCAACUGGAAUGGCCAAGAUGAACAUGGUACCAACUGCCAACAUGCCAAACUACAGCCCUGUGAGUGCUACAUCUAGAGUUUCACAGCCGACACAACACAACAGAUCCCCAGACCUUUCUGCUUUAGAUAGUCUUUUUGGUCCUCAAAAACCCAAAGUUAGUAUGAACCAAUUGUCACAACAGAAACCAAACCAGUGGCUUACUCAGUUUGUACCCCCGCAAGGUUCCCCGGGUGCAAGCAGUUCUGUUUUGGGACCACAGAUGAACACUCUAGGACAACCUGGUUUUGGUAUGCAGGGUAAUCCUUUCUUUAACCCUCAGAACUUCGCACAGCCAACAAACACCAUGACAAACAGCAGCUCAGCUAGCAAUGACUUAAAAGAUCUUUUUGGGUAAAGUGUCUUGCUUUCUUUUUCAAAGAUUGAUACAAUUUGAAUGAUGGGUAAGCUGAUUAACAUCUUUGUAUGACUGAUAAAAAUUUGACUUGGGGAAACUUUCCACCUAGCAAAAUAAAGAUUGCACCGGAAAAAGAUUUUAUUUUCAGGCUGACCUGGUAAUGCAAUAGAAUCUCAUAAUUGUCAAGCUGUCUUAGCCCUUUUUCCCCAACUUCAGGGUUUUAAGUUUUAAGUCAGGAUACAUCAAUCUGCAUACAUCCAUUCAUAAAAGCAGAAGCUACGUAUUUCAUAAUUGUUCAGAGAUUUGUUCUGAAUAGCUUUUGGAUUUGUGUAAUUUUACUCCAUAAAUUGAACAAAAAUGGUUAAGUUGUUAACAAGCUAAUUUAUAUUGUUUAGUGCCCCCACAAUACUCAAGUCUCUGUUCAAUAUGUGCUAAAUCCUGAUGGGGUGUCGAUUUGGAUAGCCUAAAUUUGGCAUGACCCUAAUUUGUACUAUGACACACUAUGGGAAGAAUCAGUUAUGUUGCAUCCAAGAGGCUGGUUUUUUAGCCGUGUUGAAUGAAAAUAUCUCUAAUCAUGUAUAAGAGACUAAGGUUUUGAAGGGAAAUGUUUUGGCUUUCACUUAUCUUGUUAGCCCUGGUCUACACUAGGACUUUAGGUCGAAUUUAGCAGCGUUAAAUGGAUGUAAACCUGCACCUGUCCACACAAUGAAGCCCUUUAUUUCGACUUAAAGGGCUCUUUAAAUCGAUUUCCUUACUCCACCCCUGACAAGUGGAUUAGCUCUUAAAUCGGCCUUGCCGGGUCGAAUUUGGGGUACUGUGGACACACUUAGAUGGUAUUGGCCUCCGGGAGCUAUCCCAGAGUGCUCCAUUGUGACUGCUCUGGACAGCACUCUCAACUCAGAUGCACGAUUGUUUGCCGUUGCUCUGACGCAGGGAGGGGCAGCUGACGACACGGCUUACAGGGAGCUAAAAUCAACAAAGGGGGUGGCUUUACAUCAAGGAGUAUUUCAGACAGGACUUCACGGAGGGUUCCAAUAAGAAAUGGUGCACCUAAGUUAUUGUUCUUAUUGGAACAAGGAGGUUAGUCUGGCCUCUGAUUGAUACAUGGCUAGAUUUACCUCGCUGCACCUUCUCUGUGAGUGACUGCAAUAUGACCUAGAGGAAUGAGUCCCCUAGACGGGGGGCGAGGGGGGGGGGGUUGCAAAUGAGUACAAAACAAAUCUGGUCUAUUUCUUGUUUUGAUCCACUCCAUCUAUCUUUUACAUCUUUGGCUGGCAGCAGAUGGUGCAGAAGGACUGCAUGCCAUCCACAUCUCAUGGCUGCUCGGCAGAAGAUGGUACAAUAGGACUGCUAGCCAUCCUCAUCUCUUGCCUGCCCGGCAGAAGAUGAUGCAAUAGGACUGCUAGCAAUCCGUAUCGCCUGCCUGCUCACCAUAAGAUGGGUCAAUAGGACUGACUGCAGGACUAAAGAGAAUAACUUGAUCAAGUCACUCCCAAUUUAGUCCCUGCGCCCAUGUCUGCCCAGGUGCUCCUGAUCGACCUCACACAGGCGACCAGGAGCACCUCGGACAUGACGAUGAUGGUAACCAGUCCUAUUGCACCGUCUGCUGCCACAAGGCAAUGGGUUGCUGCAGCUAUGUAGCAAUGCAGUACCGCGUCUGCCAGAACCCAGGAGACGUACGGUGACAGUGAGCUGAGCGGGCUCCAUGCUUGCCGUGGUAUGGCGUCUGCACAGGUAACUCAGGAAAAAAGGCGCAAAACAAUUGUCUGCCCUUGCUUUCACAGGGGGAGGGAGGGAACGGGGGCAUAACGAUAUGUACCCAGAACCUCCCGCGACAAUGUUUCAGCCCCAUCAGGCAUUGGGAUCUCAACCCAGAAUUCCAAUGGGCAGCGGAGACUGCGGGAACUGUGGGAUAGCUACCCACAGUGCAACACUCCGGAAGUCGACUCUAGCCUCGGUACUGUGGAAGCACUCUGCCGAGUUAAUACACUUAAUGCACUUAGAGCAUUUUCUGUGGGGACACACACACUCGAAUAUAUAAAACCGAUUUCUAAAAAACCGACUUCUAUAAAUUCGACCUAAUUUCGUAGUGUAGGCAUACCCUUAGAGAGAAAGAAGGAUUAAUACAGCAGUAGUGUUCAACAAGAAUAAAGUGAUGAUGGUGAUCAUUCUAAUUCUCACUAAAAACAGAAUGGAGAUUUUUGGGGUGAAAUUGUGAUAUUAACUCUAAGCAAGUUUGGGACACAGAAAAGCACUGCUCCAAUAGUCAUGCUAGAUUAUAACUUGCUUCGUGAUUUUUGAUUCCCAAUUUUUAGCACCAGAGCAAGAGCCAUGUACCAUUGAUGUUAAGACUUUCUAAAUCCUGCUUAAAAUGUGGCAGGUAACUUAGUCAAUCAUGUAUAUUGUAAGUGAAAUAUUUCUGUGUUUUAGUGGCUAAGACGAUCUGGCUCAGAAUUGGAUAUACUUUGCGUAGUUACAUGGAAACGUUUUGGGUCACUUAACAUUUUCCAUCUAUAUUAGAGGAGACUGAAGAGGACUGCUCAAAACUAGUGCUGUAUAGUUAUGUGAAAAAGCAGUCUGCCAUGAUUGCCUUGAUUUAAAAUGAAAAAUUAUUCAGAUUUUUUUUCUGUCAAACUCUUACAAAGGACAAAUGCAUAUGAAGUGACUUCUCAAAAGCAAAACUGUAAGUACUAGAAUAUAUUUGGUGACUAGAUAACUAUUUUAAAUCCUUUUAAUGUAUUGCUCCAAAUUUAAUAAAGUUCUCCAGAAAAUUAAGCAGUAGUUUCUUCUGCUUCCAAACAGGUAGAUGUUCAGCUUGCCCAUGAUAGAAUCUCUGGUCUGACAGUUUUCUACUGUUUGGUUUUAACUCUUUCUUUCCUAGAAAAUUCAGGAACCUUCUUGUGUAAUAUUUAGAAGACUAUAGCUUGCUAUUUUGAGAAGGGAAGAACUAGUUAACUUUUCUUUACAGAAAACUUGUACUUUAUUUUUCAAAGCCUUUCACUAAUAAUAUUGUUCUUUCAUUUGCUGCUUAAGAAACCAAAGGGCCUUAUGCUGUAAAUGUGACUUGUAUUUUUGUUAAAUUAUAUUUCCAGUUUUAAGCAGUAAAAACGUUAAAUGUAUCUUUUAAAAAAACCUGUGUAUUAUAGCUGCUGCCUUAGUCCUUUUGUUUUAAAAUAUCUGGGAUCAGUGAAAAUUUUUUUUUAAAUGCACAUUGUAUGUGCUGUUGAUAUUUUUGGUAGAUAUUGUAGGUUACAUUGAAUUAGCAGCAUAAUUUAAACGAUACUAGGACAACUGAACAUUUUCGAUACAUAUAUGGUUAAUGACCUUCUAUACUGUGGGUGAUCCUAAUGUCUCUUUUUUUAUAUAAAUGAACUUGUGCAUCUGAUUUCUGAGAGAUGUACUUUAUUAGGGCAAUCUAAGGCAAGACUUUGAAGAAUUACUUGAGUCUGCAUUCUCGUGAAUUAUGUGGGAAAUAAAACAGUGUUAAAAAUGACCACUGUUAAUAUAGUUUAUUGUAAAAUCUGAUAUCCAAGGUAGAGAUGCACUCAAGCCAAAAAAUUCUAAUCUGGAUUUUGAGCACUCCCGUUCUCUUGAUCAUCCCACACAUAGAGUUUGGGGGCAUUCAGAUUUAGGAUUUUGGUUCAGCCUAUUAGAGAGAGAGGACAGUUGCAAAAUUUGGAAUUUUGGGUCCGUGGUUUUAGUUGGGCCAAUCUCCAAUUCAAAGUAUAGGGUAGUUCUUUGUAAACUAUUUUUAUGUCCUGUAGGGUUUAUUUCUGAGAGAGGAAGAUUGUACACAGGUAAUAUGCUGGAUAAAUGUUUGUCUGGCUUGAAUAAUUUGAAUUUUUUUCUGUGCAGCACUUCAGUGCAAAAUUUGUUUUCCCUGUGAAAUGAGGCAUAGCUUCCAAAAUCCAGAGUUCUAUGCCUCCGCAAUGCUUCUUGGGCUCUGUAACAAGAGGGAGUGUUUAUGAAGCUGACUCUGCUAUCUCCUGCUGCUUUUGCUCACCUCCAAGCCACAAUGACGGGUUGAACUGUGGACAGUAGUAUAGCAUGCGGUCAAAGUUAAUACUACUGGAUCGGCAAUAACAUAUAUAUCUGGAAUCUGCAGAGGUAUUAGGGAAAGGAUGGGGGAGAAAUACAGAGACAAUGUUACAGAAGAUGGUCAGGCCUGCCAUUUUCCUAGUGAAGGAAGGACUUCCAUGGGUUCAGACGUAAGUCGGGAAGAUGGGUCACACCUAUACUGCCCCUUCUUUAUUUUCUGUAUCUGCUUUUUUUCUCCUCUCCAUGCAUUUAGCCCUCAAACAGAAUGGAAAUUUUGGUUUGAAAUUGAUAUUAGCUCUAGGCAAUGUAUAAAAAUACUUAUAUUUGUCUCAUCAAAAUAAUCAUCCACUGUAAAAUAAAUGGUGUUAUGUUUCCUUGAACAAUUAAUGCAGGUUCUAUGUUUCUGCCCUUAACACUGAAAUGAACUUAAAAAUAUGUGCAAACAUUGCAUGCAUCAAGUACAUUUGUUUAGGUAACUCCCCAAUCCUGCACUUACAUCUGUUCUAUCAGACCUCCAUUGACUACAAUAGAGUUCUGCAUGGGUCUGGCUCUUCGUUGAGGAUUGCAGUCGAGGUGUGUUGUAACUCGUUUUGUUAGAACUGAAAACAGGAGUCAAUAUAUCAAAGCAAAAAAGGGACGAGGGAACAAGUUCCCUUUUGAUUCACUUCACUGCCACUUUUUUAGUGUGAAAGACAAACUAUAAACACUGGGGAAAUACAGAUGCAUUUCCUCUGUGUGCAAGCAUUAGUUGUUCUCCUGCUGUUCUCUCAUGCAGUGUAAAUUAGUGACUAUAAGCCUAGUCAGAGGCUUCUGGUUCAGACCCUUUUGUACUCUAAAGUCUGGAGAAUACUGUGGAAAAACAAACAAAAUCAGUAAAACAAAUUAGCCUUUUAAAUGGGGCCACAGUAUUUAACAGGGCUUGAAGAACCUGUUCGACUAGGGCUGGUAGAAAGUUUUCCUGGGCAAGUGAACUGAGUGGGGGCCAUGCACCUGCCGACUCCUUUCCUGGGAGGGAGGGAGUUGAGUAGCUCCUGAGCGGAUAUCUUUUUCAGGAAUCCAAGAGUGGAGGGAGGGAACAGAGCUGCUGCUGCUGCUUUUCCCAUAAGGGUGGGAGAUAUGGAGUGGAGUCACCUAUGUGAAAGACCAGGGACCUCUUGUAUAUGCAGAAGGGUAGUAGCAUCAGAGGAGCCUUGCAAAAAGGUACUGAGCAUCCAUUAUUGAAAAGGAGGGCAAAUUUAACUUGGGAAUGGGUAGGGUAUCUGUUUACUAUUGGGGGCACAGCUGGCUGUUGUGAGGGAGGGAAGAUGUGGUAAUGUGAAUAAAACAGAUGUGGCCUUGGAGUACCAGGGUCUUGAGGGGUUUGACAGUACAGGUACUUUACACUGAGGCUGAGCAGGCUUGGUCUUCGGGCAAAUAGAUGUCAAAUAUUUCAAGCUCUGUAUUGAAACACAUUUUUUUUUCUUUAAAGUCUUGUCUUCCUAGCGACCUACAUUGUUGUGACACGUUACUAUUUUGCAAUUUUCUUAAAUACUGCAUUUGUCUUUUUAAGUAAUAAAAAUAUGGCAAGGGAAAGAUGCAUUUGCUGAUGAUUUUGUAUCCUGCUUUGUACGUACAUGUAUUUAGAUGCCAUGAUACCACUUGUAUUGGUUACAUUUCACAGUGAGAACAAAAAUGAAAUGUGAGAGUUUAGACUGAAGUCAAAUGUCACCCAUCUGCCAUGUGGAAAAAGAUGAUUUUCUUUCUUUAUGAUUUGUGUGUAAAUAUGUUUAGUAUGCCUAUAUCUACCUGAAUUGCAGUAGAAAGGGAGUAACAUUCCUUCCUCAAGUAAGCUUAUGUACACUUGAUCUCAGUCUUGGACUUGAGAAGUGACUUAUUUGUGAGUGUUUUUGAGUUGAUUGGCUUGUGCAGUUCAAGGUUAAAGAAAUGCCCUGUAAAAAUGUUUGUGUGUGUGUAACCCUGUGUCUGUUUUAUGUUCUCUGCAGUGUGAGAUGCAUUUUAUUUACUAAUAAUUUCUGUUUUGAAACAGCUUUCCGGGUAAAUUCUUCCAAACUAUCUGGUUUGCAAUGAGAUUCUGCUUUGUACCUCUCUUUCCAAUAGGAUUUGACUGAUGUACAAGGAAGUCACAUAAGACAUUUAGAGACUAGGAUUAGUACCCCCAAGUCCCCUUAAUGUUCCAGUCCUUGCAACAAAAUCAAUAGAAUAAAUGGGUCCCUGAUAUUGAAUUGGAAGUGGUUUGUUCUCAUAAGUGCUAAAAUUCAGGCAGUUCUAACCACUGUACAGAUCUUCGGGCUUGAAGUUGUAAAUCAAAACUGCUUUAAUGUAUUAUAGUGAACUCAGGCCUUGGGCAAGAUAUUUAAUAGAGUAUUUGUUUACUUGUCUAAUUGUACAGUCGGUAUUUAGUGGCAGUUUUAUGUUUAAAGCAUUAAAUUCUCAUGAAGUGUGUGAUGUUACUAUAGUGUCAGCUGCGAUUCACGAUCAGCAGAACUGUCAUAGCAUGACGUAUUUUGGUUUAUUGGACAUCACAAUUCUACAACAAUAAAUUUAUUCUUGUAUCAGCUUUUAGAUCGGUAAUCUUAUAAAACGUAAAAUGCACAGAGUUUAAAGAAAUUCAUACGACUUUGUACUGUGAAUGAAAAUGGUGUAGUUUUGAAAUCUGAAUGAGGUUGCUUACUAAAAUAAAUGAAUUUUUCAUAUUUUCA